UUGAAACAUGUUACACAAUACGUGUUUUAAAAUACAAAAUGUCUUCAAAGGUAGCAAGUGUAUUUCUAGGCCUGUUAUGGUUUACAUGUAUAACAAAUGGAUGUAGGUGUUUUCCUAAGCAUCCUCAAAGAAUUGUGUGUGAACGAAAUGUAGCGUUUGUUGGAAAAGUAACAAGUGAAGUGCUACCAACGUCAGUAAAUGAUUUCAAUAUCGAAUAUCACUUUACGCUUCUUAAGUCAAUAAAGGGCAUUUUUAAACCAGUUGGGUCAACAAUCAUUGUACGAGUACCAUCUCUGGGUUCGCUUUGUGGUUACAAGCUAACCGUAGGGGAACAAUACGUAUUGACAGGUACAAAGAAUAACCAAGGAAUAACCAGUACGACAUGUGGUGAUUUCCAUUAUAAGGUGUGCGAUUUGACAUUUCAAAUGGUGAUUUACCUGUUCACAAAUGGUCAAUAUUCAUACAAAAAUAACUGCAGUUGUAAAGAAAUAAUUAAUCCUAGACACGAACCUGGAAUUUUUGACGAAAGUAAAGGAUGCAAACUUCCUGCGGAAUUGAACGCUGACACUGAUUGCUAUGACAAAACAGGCUUAUGUAAGAGACAUGGAACAGUGUGUAAAUGGAAAAAUGUCGUCUGUCCAUAG